AUGGAGCUGCGCUGGAUGUCUCUCCUGCUGGUAGCCUCUUGUGUCGGCACUGUCCAGGGCUCACCAAAGAUGAAUGGCAAGAAUGAGAGCAUUGACAUGUCCCAGCCCUUGCAUAUCCUUGUGGAGGAAAACUUGAUGGUGCUAACACCUCCUGGCCUGACUCAGAUGCUGAACGAGACGCGCUUCCUGAUGGUGCUCUUCCAUAACCCAUCCUCAAAGCAAUCCAGGAGCUUAGCUGAGGAGCUGGGCAAAGCCGUGGAGAUCAUGGGCAAAGGCAAGAAUGGGAUUGGCUUUGGCAAAGUGGACAUCACAGUUGAGAAGGAACUUCGGAAGGAGUUUGAUGUCAAGAAGGCCCCAGAGUUGAAGCUGUUUUUUGAGGGCAACAGAUCACAGCCCAUCAGCUGCCAAGGAGUGGUUGAAUCUACUGCCUUGGUUGUUUGGUUGAGAAGACAAAUUAGCCAGAAAGCAUUUCUGUUCUCUGACAGCAGUGAGAUAGCAGAAUUUGUGAAUUCCAGGCCCUUGGUCAUCGUCGGUUUCUUCCAGGACUUAGAGGAAGAAGUAGCGGAGUUGUUCUAUGAUAUGAUCAAAGACUUUCCAGAGCUAACGUUUGGAGCGAUAUUGAUUAGACAUGCCAUUGGGCGUUACCAUGUCACCCUUGACAGUGUUAUAGUGUUCAAAAAGGGAAGAAUUGUGAACCGCCAGGAGCUUAUUAAUGACAAUGUCAACAAACAAAUCCUCAAUAAACUCAUAAAAGAACAACUCACAGAUUUUGUCAUUGAAUACAACACUGAGAAUAGGGAUCUGAUUUACGAAUUGAACAUCCUGAAUCACAUGUUGCUCUUUGUCUCCAAAAGCUCCGAGUCAUUUCGUAUGAUAAUGCAGCAUUACAAGUUGGCAUCGAAGAUAUUCCAAAAUAAGAUCCUUUUCAUCCUUGUGGAUACAGAUGUGCCCAGAAAUAGACGUGUCUUCAAAUACUUCCAGAUCUCAGAUGUCGAUGUCCCAUGUAUCCAAAUCCUAAACUUAAGCUCCGAUGCGAGGUACAAAAUGCCUUUCGAGGAAAUAACCUACGAAAACCUCCAGCGUUUCGGCCAGAGCUUCCUGAGUAGAAAGGCUAAGAAACAUCUAUCCAGUGAAGAAAUUCCAAAUUACUGGGACCAGGGGCUGGUUAAGCAGCUUGUUGGGAAGAACUUCAACGUUGUGGUGUUUGACAAGGAAAGGGACGUGUUUGUGAUGUUCUAUGCACCCUGGUCCCAGAAGUGCAUGGUGCUAUUCCCAGUGUUGGAAGAGUUGGGCAGAAAGUAUCAAAACCACUCCACAGUCACCAUCGCCAAGAUCGACAUCACGGCAAAUGAUAUUCAGCUGACAUACCAGGACCGGUACCCCUUCUUCAGACUCUUCCCCGCUGACUCUCAAAAAGAUGUACAGUAUAACGGUGAAUAUACCCUGAAAGGCUUUUCUGACUUCCUGGAAAGUCAAAUCAAGAUCCAGAUUGAGGAUGAAGAUGAGCUACUCUCUAUUGAGGAAAGUGAAGAGACAGAAAAGGAGGUGUUAGCGGGGGAAAAGGAGGAAGCUUUUAUGAAGAAAGAGCUACCAGAAAGGAAUUUGCCUGAGUUGGAGAAUGUGACCAAAUUCGAAGGGGCAGCUGAGCAGAAAGAAAAGGCUGAGGAGGAGAAGGCAGCUGAGCCAAAGGAACCUCCAACACAGGGGAAGGAACCAAGAGUGAAGGAAGAACUGUAAGGCUCUCCAGAGCCAGGAAGAGAGGGUGCCCAUUUUCCAGACCCUGGCAUCAUUUUCUGAGUGGAUCUACUCCAAAUAAAAUUCUAUAUCAUUGUGGUAGGUGGGUGGAGGCUGGAUAAUAAAAGCCCUUGAAUGUCUUUGG